UUUUUAAUAUAUGUUACAACGAUUCCCCUCCCUCAAAAUUUCCACAGCUAUCUCCACCAAAAGUCCAUGAAAAACGCAUCUUCGCCAAAACCCUCCUCCACGCCGCCCUCACUAGCCUCCUCCGCCACUCCUCCGGAAGGAGCUCGAACACUGCUCAGGAGAGCGACUCAGGCACAACUUCAAGGAAUUCAUAUCCAUUCGGAGCGAUCGCGAAGAGGAGGGUGGGAAUGGGAUGAAGCUUGAAGCAGAUUGCAAGGAUAAGACACACUAGAUGAGCUCCGCCCAACUCUAGAGCCCUAAUUCUACCGCCAACGACAAGGUCGACGAUGAUGGCAAAAGCAUUGCGGAUGAGAAAUGAAAAGCCUGAUCUUACGGAGGAGAAGGAGAUCGAUUGCUCGGAGUCGAAAAGCUACCAUUUUUCGUCCGGAUUCUUUCCGUUUAAGAGCUCAAAGGAGGCGUCGAAGCCCUCAAUGACACCAUGUGAUCUCUCUCUUCUAUCGCUCCCGCCGUCAAGGUGUUGCCUUCCCCAUCUCUUCGACGACCGACGAACACUCUGACAGUGGCUCCGGCGCCAAGCACUUCGACAGCGCCAAACCAGCAUCUGACGAUGCACACCUUAGCUUGCAAUUGCAGCAUCCUCCGAGGAAGACGAGGCGGUGCUGGGCGUCAAAACUGCAUUGCUACAUCAAGAUCGCAGAAUCAAGGAGUAUAAAUAAUGGUUGUCUAGAUUCAUUUACCUGACCAAGAUGGAGCUUGAGAAUUUCUUGUCGGAACCACAUUCUGUUUGACAUACUUACAUUGGAGGGAUUUUGAUCCGACCAGAUAAUUGUGAAGAACCUUUAUUACCUAAUAGGGAUGGCAAACUGAGUUCAUUUCAUUAGGGGAUGACCAAUCUUAUUGAAGUUGGUGCUUUUGGCUUAUCUCUGAUUCCAUUUUAUUGCUGAGAAAAUGUAUCAUUAGAGGAACACUUUAUCCAUCUCAAUAUAUCUUUGUAUUUUAUGGUUCAUUCUUUUGCAGGAAACUUUGCACAAGCACCAUGAAAAAAUUGAUGAUCUAGAGGCUUCCUUGAUUGGGUACGAGGCAAAAGAAACUAGUGAUGAAACUGAAGAAACUAUGGUACGUGGAAGCUAAGCAAAGCUUGAUUAGGAAUUGGCAGAUUUCUGCAAUCACUGUUUAUUGUGUCUUUGCUCUUGAAGACAUGGCAUACUCUGAGGCAAUAGCUAGUACUCUGGAUGAAGAAGAGUUAGCUGAUCUCAAGGACCAGUUUCAAGUAAUUGAUGUUGAUAAAAGUGGUUUAAUAAGCUUUGAAGAAAUGAAACAGGCUCUGGCAAAGGAUGUGCCUUGGCGAUUAAGAGGACCACGCGUACCAGAGAUUCUUCAGGCUAUAGAUAGCAACACCGAUGGACUUGUUGAUUUAAGAGAAUUUGUUGCAGCAACUUUGCAUGUGCAUCAGAUGGAGCAAGACUCUGACAAGUGGCAUGUCCGAUGUAAAACUGCUUUUGACAAAUUCGACAUGGAAGGGGAUGGAUACAUUACACCAGAGGAACUUAGAAUGAUUUUCUUUUUAUGGGCUGUGAGCAACAAAAGAUUUGGUGGUUUGAACUUUUCAUCUAAAGAGGUUGGUUGAAGUGCUUGCAAUCUCAGAUAUUUUGAAGGUGAAAGGAGGUAUUCAGGAACUCCAGCUAAACAGCUUGGGUAUGGAUUAUUAAAGAAGCAACAACUACAUGCUAUAUGGCACUGCAUCCGAACCUCAGGGGUGUGACUGGGAAGUACUUUGACGAAUAACUACCAAGAAGGCUUUAGGAUUUAAGCGAGAAGAUGGUUAAAGCCAAUAAAUAAAGAACAUUCAAGUCAAGAGGAUAAGUAAUAUCUAUCAAUAUCCUUUAAGUUCAUGUAAUAAGAUGUAGUCAAUAGGAGUAGCUUUGAAUGUCGCCUAAUUAAAUUUUUUUGUAUGUGAGUAAUUAUGUUUGUUAUAGAAGUGUAAAGAUGAUAAUUUUUAUAUUUAUCUUGGUUGUUUAUUUAA